AUGCAGGGCUUCUUCCGGAGUAUUUAUGACUGGCUGCUGAGGAUGUUCUGGGCGACGGAGAUGGACGUGACGAUGGUAGGCUUGCAGAACGCCGGGAAGUCGUCUCUUCUGCGAGUGCUGGCGGGCGGCGAGUUCACAGUCGACUCUAUACCCACUAUCGGCUUCAACACGAAACGAGUGCAGAAGGGCCAUGUCACGCUGAAAUGCUGGGAUCUGGGAGGCCAACCUCGCUUCCGGCCGAUGUGGGAGCGGUACUGCCGUGGAGUCAACGCCAUCGUAUACAUCGUGGACGCAGCGGACAGAGCCAGCCUGGCCGCGUCGACGGACGAGCUGCACGACCUGGUGAGCAAACCGACGCUCGAGGGGAUCCCGCUGCUGGUGCUGGGCAACAAGUCCGACCUGCCCGACGUGCUGACGGUCGACGAGCUGAUCGAGGCGAUGGAGCUGAAGAGUAUCACGAAGCGCGAGGUGAGCUGCUACGGCAUCAGCGCAAAGGAAGAGACCAACCUCGACGCUGUGCUGCGGUGGCUCAUCGCGCGGUCGAGUCGUUGA